GUUUCAGCUCGUUGUCCGUUUCAACUUGUUCCAACUCUCUUUCUUUGUCUGUAUACUGGAUAGAAGUAGAACCGCGUACAGCGCCGAUGCUAUGAGUCUGUGUAUCAAUGUCCACCACAUGACACAAGCUAGAAGACAGAGCAACUGUCAAAAGCCACCCACCUGACUCACCACCAAGCUCCUCUCAUUUGAAACUUCAAGCUCGAAACUAAAUAGCCAAACAGAGCAGCAGCAUGGACGCCAAGCAAUCGAAACGCCCGAAACCGAAGCUCGAUCGCCGAAACGCCAUGAGGAACAUAGACUACGACGCCUCAACCUCCUCCUCUUCUUCUCCUUCUUCUUCUUCCUUCGGCCAUGGCUCCCCCUCUAUCAGAACUCGCUCUCUGGACCACUCACCUCUCUCUGACCACCAACCCAGCUUCCGCGUCAGAGGCAUUGAGGGCGAAUUCGAUCUCAUCUGCCGCAGCCUUGGGCUUUCCGGCCCCGAAGACUUCUCCAUCCCAAUCGCAGCCUGGGAGGCCCAGCGAGCUCGCUCUUCUUCCUCCCACUUCCCACCUCGCUCUCGCCUCCGCCAUGAAAGCCAUCAUGAAUUGCCAGACAGAGCGGAAAGCGGAACCGUUUUGGAGAAAUCCGAAGUUAGGGUUAGGCUCGACAAUGAAAUUAGCGCUUCGAAUUCGGCGAAGUUUGGGGGAAAUGCCAGAAAGGGUGGUGGUGGUGGAGGAAUUAAAGGUCUGCGCCCGCCUCCGGUUGUAUUGAAAUCUUUUUCUCCUCAAGACCAUAUUGGUGUAGCAGAUUCGCCCAUUCGUGUUGGUGACGUGAGGUAUUCGGAUGAAGAAGAAGAGGACCUUGUAAAUGAAGCAAAUGGUGAGAGGGAAGUGAUAGAUGAAGCGAGUUUUGGAAAGGGCAAUGAUUUGUCUGAUGAUUCUUUGUCAUCUGGCUUAUCUCCAUCCAAUAAUCAAAAUGAAAAUGAAAGUGUUGGUUUUGAUGCUACUUCUAGAGCAAAGCUGGAGCCAAUCCAUAGUAUUUUUUCGCCAAAUGGGAAAUUCAGACGCAGUGUUUCGUCAUCGUGGCAAAAGGGUCACCGUUUGGGAAGUGGUUCGUAUGGAACUGUGUACGAAGGCUUUACUGAUGAUGGAUUCUUUUUUGCUGUAAAGGAGGUUUCUUUACUGGAUCAAGGAAGCCAUGGCAAGCAGAGCCUUAUCCAACUUGAGCAGGAGAUUCAUCUUCUGAGUCAGUUUGAACAUGACAACAUAGUUCAAUAUCUUGGCACAGACAAGGAUGAAACUAAGCUCUAUAUCUUCCUUGAGCUUGUAACAAAAGGCUCACUUGCAAAUCUCUAUGAAAAGUAUCUGUUGAGGGAUUCUCAAGUUUCUGUGUUCACAAGGCAGAUUUUGAGUGGGUUGACAUAUCUUCAUGAUCGUAAUGUGAUUCACAGGGAUAUCAAAUGUGCUAAUAUAUUGGUGGAUGCGAGUGGAUCUGUGAAACUUGCAGACUUUGGGUUAGCCAAGGCAACCAAAUUCAAUGACGUGAAAUCCUGCAAAGGGACUGCUUAUUGGAUGGCCCCAGAGGUUGUUAAUCAAAAGAAUCGUGGCUAUGGGCUUGCAGCUGACAUAUGGAGCCUUGGAUGUGCUGUGUUAGAGAUGUUAACCCAUCAGCCUCCAUACUCUCACCUGGAAGACAUGCAAGCAUUAUUUCAGAUUGGCAGGGGUGAACCUCCUCCAGUUCCUGAUUCGCUAUCAACGGAUGCACGAGAUUUCAUUUUCAAAUGUUUACAAGUUAACCCUAAUAAUCGACCUACUGCAGCUCAGCUAUUGAACCAUCCCUUUGUUAAAAGGUCGCCCCAAACUUCCUCUGGCCCUGCUUCUCCUCGUGCAACAGCUUACGUUCGUGAACACUUUCGCCAACCUUCAGUGCUAUGAUAAGAUGACAAUGUUGGGCAAACGAAACUGAUCCUGAAUGUUUGAACGGGAUUUAUGCGGGGCAGUGAAUGUUGCAGGCAUAUCAAUGUUACUUGCAGAAUAUAUGGCCUGUGAAUUUGUGAAAAAUCAAAGUUGCGCUACAAGAUUGUUACCUUGUUUGUGGAGGCGUUGACCGGCAUCAAAACGAAACAUGGUCAAGCAUAUUUUCUUGUACAUUAUUGACUUGCUGUAAAUUGAUUUUUAUUUUAUUUUACCAAGCAAUAAAAUUGUAGGUCCCGUGUUAAGGAAAAGCAUUUGGGGAAAAAAAAAUCAGAAAGGAAAUAGAGGUGUAUAAUGAGUAGGACCGUGGGUGGUGAAGUUCAUUCCUUAACCCUGGGAAGAAAGGCCUAGCCGAAGGAUAUGCUUUUAUAUCAGAGGAGGUUAUCAAAGAUGAGCAUUUACAGCCAGGAGGGCCAUAACCUGCUUCAAUAGGUCACUGAAAGGUGAUAUAGAAUUUCCCUGUUAAAGGAGUUGGUAGAGAAUGUGCAAGUCAAGCAAUAUUUGCACGGAGCUUCAAUGUUGAGGGAUUAUGAUGAGUGUCUUAUAUCCAACAGUACAAUAAUAACUCUAUACUUGAUCGUACGGCUAUUAAAGACCCCUCAUUAUAAACCUCAAUAUUAUCCCUCAUUGUAGCCUCUGGGAUAUUUGCAUUUUUGGGCCCAAGGGCUUAAUCCCAUGAUUUGAUUCUGGCUCAUUUUAAAAAGGUAAAUAGUACGAAACUGUUAAGGGAUGUUAUUAUUUGAAGUGUAACUGUAUAUACGUGUU